AUGGCAGACCAACGGCCUCGAGGAGAGAUGUUCCCGCUUAGCCUCUUCUUCUUCUUGGGUUUUACGAAUGUCUUUGGAUGUGGCAGUGUUAACGCAGAGUUCAUGCGGAUCAAUGUGAUGCCUCUUGAAUCACGGUUCUUCUCCCAGUUGGACAAGUUAACAGAAAACCUGAUGAAAGUUUUCCGCAACAAGGGGGGAGUUGCAGGAAAAAAGAUCCACCAGAUAAUGACAUUGACAACUAAGAGAGAUGACAUACGCAUCAAACGAGACUGCGUCUUGAAAAGCCUGUGUGUUUACCUGAAUGAGGACAGCAAGCCACUCAAGGAGUUCUCAGUGAGUAGAUAA